UGGCGCUUCAGCUUUUGAACGAUAUUUGUUGAUGAUAUUAUACAUCUGUCCUUUUUCCCUCUUUAUUCUGAAUACGAGUAUGUCUCUGACUACCGGGAAACUGUGGAAACUUGAUAGAUAUGCUCAUUUUAUUUAUGAUGACUCAUCAAAAGGAGGAAGAUGGAAGCAAUAUGAUGAUGAUGAAAGUGCUUUAACCUUGGCAAUAACAGAUAUGCAUCAGCUCAUCAUAUCCCAGAAGGACACAGUAUUGGAGAGUCAUAAUCUAGUGACUUCCAGAGAUUGGAUUCGAGGAAUAGCUAAAAAUAGCAGCCUGCUCAUCAUGAUCAAGUCAAAGCCCAACAGCAGACGUUUCCGAAUGCGAUUCUGUGAACAGGGCAAUAUCAGUGCUGUUGAUGCGUGUGUGGGCUGCAUUCAACAGCUCAAAGAGUUUUUCCCUGUCAAGAUUACCCAUACUAUCCAUGACAGAGAUUCAUCUGAAGAGACAUCAAGGACUCACCCUCACCACACAAGACAUCAAAGCUUCAUCCAUAGAACUUCUGAAGAAGUCACUCUUGGAGAUAUAGCACAGGCGCUGCUUUCCCAAGAGACAAUGCCGCGGGCCUACCAGAGCAGUAUUGUGGAGCCUGCCCUCAUCCCUGGACUGCUCCAUCUCUGCUUGGCUGACCCCUCGUUUCCAGCUUUUGUCCAGCAGGUGGACAAAGCAAUGGCUGACAUUUGUAACAAUGUAACAUCAUAGAGAGCUUUAUAUUUUUGUACUAGCGUCUGUCCUUUAUGUAGCGGUUAGGAGCUUUUGCCGUUGCACAUAGGAAACCCGAGUUUGCUUCCACUUCCUGAUUUGGGAGAAUUUUAAUCGAGUUGAUACCUACAGUCCAAAUGACAGAUUGAGGACGACCGGCGUUUGUGAUGUGAAUGUAAGUGAGCUUGCAUUAAAUGCUUCCCCAGAUAACUAAAUUAGUACAUGUAUUGUAUAUAUAAAUAAAU